CAGGAUUAACAGAGCUGAGAACUUGCACAGAACCAAGUAAAACUUUGAACAAAAUAGGAUUAGUUUGCUGCUCUAAAUGAGGAGAAAGGAAGAUGUCAGCUUAAGAGGCUUGGACUCCUGCACCACCUAAACUGAAGCCGGCGCCUCACUGCCCUCUGAAACCUGUCACACCCUGCUGCAGAUGACACCCCCUGCCACAACCGGUACCUCCAGCUCAUGGUGAAUGCCUGUAGGGAUUCCUCCUGCGCCUGGCUCCCAGUGCAGCUCUCAUGGCCUGCGAUGAACCCGCUGCUCCCUCGGGCAUCCUCACACGCCAGAACUCCUCCAACACCAGCUCCCUGGACUUCCAGCCCGAUGCCGACUACAGGUUUGUGGAAGCCUUGGAGGAGCGGUACAAGUGCACCUACUGCCACCUGGUCCUUCACAACCCGCACCAGACGGGCUGCGGGCACCGCUUCUGCCAGCAGUGCAUCCUGGCUUUGAGAGAACUGAGUGCAGUGCCCACCUGUCCUGUCGACAAAGAGACAAUAAAAAUGCAUGAGGUAUUCAAAGACAACUGCUGUAAAAGAGAAGUUCUCAACUUGCACGUGUUCUGCAAAAACACUCCUAACUGCAACUCCAAAAUCAUGCUGGGACGGUACCAGGAGCAUCUUCAGCAGUGUUUGUUUGAAAGCGUGCCAUGCACUAAUGAUGGAUGCUGUGACCAACUUCUUCGGAAGGACCUGGAAGAGCACUUGAGCCGGCACUGUAAAUUCCGAGAAGAGAUGUGUCAGUACUGUCACCAAUACGUGGUGGUGGUGAACAUCAAGAAUCAUGAGAAAAAUGACUGUCCUGAUUAUCCUGUGCCUUGUCUCCACAACUGUUCCCAAAUCAUUCUGAAAAAAGAGACUGAAAAGCACCACACUGUGUGUCCCGAGGUGGAAGUGGACUGCCCCUAUAAGCAGUAUGGCUGUCUUGUAAAGGUUAAAAGAGGGAAGCUUGCUGAACACGAGAACGGUGCCCUGAGGGAGCACAUCCUGCAGAUCUUAGACAAGAACUCCCAGUUGGAAGAGCAGAUAACUGACCUGCACAAGAGCCUGGAAUGUAAAGAGAUUAAAAUCCAGCAGCUGGCAGAGGCCAUUAAAAAGUGUGAGAAAGAACUGAGACAGUUUACACAACUGCUUGGUAAAAAUAGCAACCUGAUGGUAAGCACACAGGCUCUGGCCAGUCACUUAGAUAAAUCUGCACGCCUGGAGUCACAAGUGAAACAGCUAAUACAGAUGGCAAACCAGCAGCAAAGCAAGUUAGACUUGCAGCCUCUGUUUGACAUGAUUGAGAAUGUAAAACAGAAGAUUGCCCUGAUGGAGACAUAUGAUCAGCGCUUGGUUGUCUUGGAAGGCCAGUCCAGCAAACACGAUCUCCAGAUCAACAUUCACAAAGCACAGCUCAAUAGAAACGAAGAACGCUUCAAGCUUUUGGAAGGCACGUGCUACAAUGGGAAACUAAUCUGGAAAAUUACAGACUACAAGCUGAAGAAGAAGGAAGCAGUGGAAGGCCGUGUCCUCUCCAUAUUCAGCCAGCCCUUCUACACCAGCCGCUGCGGGUACCGCCUGUGUGCGAGAGCCUACCUGAAUGGGGAUGGCUCAGGGAAGGGAACACACGUCUCCCUUUACUUUGUAGUGAUGAGAGGGGAGUUUGAUUCGCUGCUACUGUGGCCUUUCAAGCAGAAAGUCACACUUAUGCUUCUGGACCAAAGUGGGAAAAAAAACCACAUUGUGGAAGUCUUUAGAGCUGACCCCAACAGCAGCAGCUUCAAAAGGCCGGAUGGAGAAAUGAACAUUGCCUCCGGGUGCCCACGCUUCGUGCCACACGCAGUCCUGGAGAACACAAAGAACACCUACAUCAGAGAUGACACUCUCUUUCUGAAAGUGGUUGUGGAUUUAACUGGUCUGGAGGAACUGUGAAAGAGCUCCUGGUCAGUGUGACUGCUGUAACCAACAAGGGAUGUUUUCUUGGUGACCACCAGCCACGCGAUACUGAAUUGCCACUAGUCAAGACACUGAUACUGUUUUGAGGCUUUUGGACUGUGUAACAGACAAUAAAUUGCCAAAGCAUCAGAAUUCCUUCCCUUUUAUAACCCCUUUUUCCAGGCUGUGUUUUCCAGGCAGCUGGAAGCCCAGUUUGAUGCAACAUGCAUUUGAUCCACUCGGUUCAAGCUAGGGGGAAUCCUUGGCUCCCAUCACCAGACUGGCAUUUGGAGAUGAAACUCCUCCAGUAAGCUCCAUGGAACCCAAGCAGGCCUGUGGGCUCCCGUCCCUCACACAGAACUGAAGCCAUACCCAUGCAUGCAACUGCAUUUCACCUGUCUGAAAUGGAAGCAUUUCAACAUCAGCACAUUUGAAUCAAAGUACCUCCAUCUCCUGGAUUUUUGCACCUUUUCUUGUUGUAACUGUGUUUUCCACAAAGCCCAGAGGAAGAUGCCAAUGCCUCUUACUUUUCUAGCCUGGUACCUCGGCUGUAUAGAGUACUCUCAGCUCACAAUAGCUUUGUUAUGUCCUUUCCAUUCCUGCCUAGUGCCUUGGGACUGAUUUCCACUGGUGGUAAAUAUCUACAGUCCCAACUGAAGUCAAAAGAAGCUGCAGGUGCUUCUCACCUCUCAGGACAUGGCCAGAAGCAGGGUCCUUGGCCAGCUGGGCAAAGAGGGGCAAAACUCCUGUACUUUUGCUCCCCCAUCUGCACAAAAGAGAUGCUUUCUGGCUUACCAUCUCUCCAAAAGGCAGGAAAAGCUCUGGAUAUCUGCUUAGAAAAAGCCCAUGUAACAUGCACUAUUUCCCUCUGCUAGGAAUUCAGAUGUUUGGGAAAGAAAGGAGAAAAUGGUUUAGAAGUGAGGUUGCUGUAAGAACCCCAUUCUCUCAGUCUGGGCAGCUCUAGUGUUAGUUAAAGGGUGAGACAGCCACGGAGUUACAACUGAUGACUAUGAAGCACGUAUGAAGGUGUUCAUUUUUAUUCCAGGUUCCUUCCAUACUGCAAGGGAAUGCAUGCAUUGCAUGGUGUUUAUUGGAGGCACACUAAACCCACCGCCAUCAGGCACUGAGGAACGAGUGAUCACCAAUACAUGUGCCUUUGUAAAGCCUUUUGGGUGCCUGCAAGAGGGAUGUAAUUUUGCACACUCACUCAUUGUUACAGGUGACAGAAUCUUGUGCCUCUAACCUCUCCCAGACCAGGUAGUGAAACACCACAGUGUUAUCCAUUGCUCCUGCAGUCCACUGGCAGAGCAAACCCAAAGCUUGUCAAGAGACAGCAAGAAAUCAAGCUGGGCUUUAGAGUACCAGUAAACUAGGCAGGAUAGACACCAACACAGGGCACAGACUGCAAGCUAUGAGGUAGGGAGUUCAAGAGAGCCAAUGUGGUGAAACCAAAAAUGCCCUUUUUCUGAGGGUGUUGAUAACUGAAAUAACAUGAUUUGGGGACUGACAGCAAAAGGAAGGCAAAACACAGCAUAUUUUGUACCUGUGAUCUUACUGCUAGAGGCUGACUUCCCCACAUGGUUUUUAAGAUGUAAUUCAGCCACAGAUGUGUCUGAAUUCAGGGGCAGGUUGGUUAUCUGUACCUCACAGUGGGUUAACACAUCUGGAAUCUCUGGUUGACCUACGUGUUCUUUAUGUUGUAUGGUGUUGUAUUGGUCACCAUAGGGUUUUCCAUGUUCCUACAGACAGAGGGUAAGGAAUGGAUUUUAUUCCCCUUGUACCGCUGUGACUGACUUUGAGUCACUUGGGCCCUACAACAGAGACAAUCAUGCUUCGUGUCCCUAAUGCUUCAUUACAGAAAGAGCAAGCUUGGUUUGAAAAUGGUGUGGCAUUCUAGGCCAUCAAUCCUGAGCCUCGGACAUGGACCUCAUGUCGAUUAUUACUUGAAUAUUUGGCAUGUACCUUUCAAAGUGGCCCAAUUUGCAGGAUAACCACUAAUAACAAACGUAUUGCCAAUUUUUCCUGGGAUUCUCCAGUACUUUGAGUGUAAAAUAAGAAAGCGAUAAAGACCAUGGACAGUUGAG